AGACGCAGGGAGCGGUCCAGGCCCCGCGCAGGCGCACGUUUCACACGACGACUUCGGUCUUUAUACUCACGGCUCGGGAGGGAAGCCGCCUCCGACGACGACGACGACGAUCGGAAAUGGAGAGGGACGGUGGAAGCUCGGGACUCGACCUGAGGUGGAAUUACCUCCCUCGCGAUGUCGCCCUCGACAUCGUCUCCUUGCUCGAGGCCUCGGAUGUAUGCUCCUUGGGCAUCUGCUCCAGGUUCUGGCGGGACAUCUGCUCCUCCGACUCUAUCUGGAUCGCGCUCUACGGGCGGCGGUGGCCCUCUGAGGACCGCCGCCUCGUCGCAUCGCCCUCUCAGGAAUGCAAAGCUUUUUACAUGAACGAGCACAAGAAAAUGGCCAGUGCUGUUUCUGCUGUAAUAAAAUAUGUGGAAGAGUCGACACAGAGUGGGUCACUGGAAAUUCGUUUUUACAUGAAAGCAAUUGGUGAUCUGACGUCGAUGAAACUUGGUUUUAGGGACGUGCAGCUGUUUCUGUUCAGAAGAGAGCAGAACGUGCUAUUGAAUCUGAUUGGGUGUCAUUAUUGCAUAUCUUUUCUGGAAAUACCAACUGUUGAUCUAAUGGAAGCACUUGAAAUCUGCCAAAUACUCGAGCGACAAGUAUGCGUGAGGUGGUUUAUGCUAUGUAGGCGGUUUUACGGCUUCCCCAUGCCUAAUGAGCACCACUCUCACAUAGUGUCUCUGGGUGAUCUCGCCAUGGGCAACGAGGAUGAGGUAUUUGAUUUGCUCAACUAUGGCAUAACCAACCAAGGAAUGCGUAUCCGGAUCUCAUCUGUUGGAUCAAAUGGCACAUGAUCCUGACAAAUCAUGCCAAUCUGAAGGUUAUAUCUAUUAAACUUCAUUUUCCAUGUAAUAUAUCUAAUAAAUGUGGAUGUUUGUGCAUGUGAAUGAUGGUGGUUAACUGGAUGUACCACAGUAUGCAUGUCCCUUAGUUUGUGAAUCUGCAGCACUGCACCAUAUGCAGUGGAACAUUUGUGUUGCCGCUUGUUCAUAACUUCUAGGUUUUGAUUUCAA